CAGGUGGGAUUGCGAUGAACACACACUGGACCAGUGAACGUGUCGGACUGGGCCAGCUUCACAACAGGCUGUCAGUGUUUGUUUCAAGUGUUAUAAAUAUCAAACUGUCAAGAACUUCUGCCAUGAUGGAGAGACGACUUUUCAAUAGAGUGUUCCGUGUGUAAGUUUCAAGUGGUUCACAGUUGGGGCGAGUUCUAUCUGUGCAGAUCUGGAGGUCCUAGUUGAAUACUUAUGAAACACAGUCUAAAACUUUUAGGGUUGCAGGAAGAUUUGCCAAACUUUGAACACUCAGUAAAGUGGAAGAUUUUUGUCACUGUUCACAAUUGUUCUGAGCAAGUUCUGUUCUCAAGGCCCUGUUCUGGACAUAAUCUCAUAUGGUGAGUGUUGCAGGAAGAUUUGCCAAACUUUGAACAACUAACAAAGAGGAAGAUUUUUGUCACUGUUCACAAUUGUUCUGAGCAAGUUCUGUUCUCAAGGCCCUGUUCUGGACAUAAUCUCAUAUGGUGAGUGUUGCAGGAAGAUUUGCCAAACUUUGAACACUCAACAAAGUGGAAGAUUUUUGUCACUGUUCACAAUUGUUCUGCGCAAGUUCUGCUGUGUAUAUGAAGUUCUGAAGACUUUGUUCUGGAGGGACCAGGAGAAACACAGCCCCCCUACUGUGAGUGUUGCUGGAGGGACUUACCGACACUCUCAACUUAUUUGAUAUAUAUCUCUGUUCAUGUUUCAUCACAGAUGCUGCCUGUUCUUCUGUAUAUUGUGUCUACACAACACCAAGGUGGAGACAGAUUUGGGUAAAUCAGGAAAGCUUAUGUCACAAUGCGAACAGCUUUAGAAAGCUAUAACAUUUGAGUUAUAUUAUUAUGUGUCACUGGUGAUCAAGUCAAUCAAGGAUUUGUUCAAGGAAAGCUUGUGAUUUAGAUGUGACUAUACCAAAUAUAGAAAAUAUUAUGUUUGAGUGACACAGUGUUAACAGAUGAUUUUUGGAGUGCCAAGAUCCAAUUUGAACAUAAUAAAUGGAAUGCUGAAUUUCUGAAAUCUAGAGAAACCUUUUACAGAUUGUACAUUGUGAGUUUACAGUCUCAAUUAUUCAGAUUCGAUACACUCGUCUCCGGUUGUGAGCUUUCUUGCUCAGCUUGAAGUUUUGCAAUAUUAAUGUUUAAAUACUUAUAAAGUAGUCCCAGGACAUUGUGUGACUGUCCUCCCAAGAAGACAAACAAAGGCUUGUAGUUUACAGGAAAUGAAACUUUUCUCUGGCUAGUUUGCAUAUCACGAAGAAGAGACUGACAAGCUUGAAUUAGAACAAAGCAAAAUUGCCCGGAGGCUAGUGAGGACGGUGACUGAAAGGUAUCAACUAUAGAUUCAGCGGAUGUUCAUUUGUGAUAGCCUGAGGAUCCCCUGGUACCAGAUGUGCAAAUAUAUGCUGAAGUCAUUUUAACAUCAAGGCACAAACUAGUGAAACAACUAACACGGACAUCAGGAUGAAUGUAAUUUGUUGUGAUAUAUUGAGCUGUUUGUGAAGUGUUUCUUGUAGAUGAUAUCUCUUGUAUAUGUCAUUAUACAGCAGGGUUGUCACAACGAUGAUGUUUGGAGUUCAGCACCUGGCCGAUAGGAGGAUUUGAUAUGACUCCAACUUUGUUGCAAGAGACUGUUGCGUGGCAUGGGUUACUCGGUUUUGACUUUUUUUCAUGAAAGGGAAUAGUACCCCCUUGCCUGGGAACGUUACUUCCCUGUGAGGAGAUCUAGGUCAUUGGUUGUGUAGAUCUAGGUCAUUGGUUGUGUAGAUCUAGGUCAUUGGUUGUGUAGAUGUAGGUCAUUGGUUGUGUUGGAUAACAUACUGCUCUCUACAGCUGGAUAUAUGUUCUGAGGCUAAUGUUCUACUGAGUAGCCCUAUUGAUAUUAUAAGUGCAAAUGUCCUAAAGCGCAAAUGUCCCAGUAAGUUUUAUUCCUUAGGUUUUAUUGUGUUAACAUUUAUUCAUUAACAUUAGCCUUCACUGUGAGGAGCAUUUCCACUUGUAACUCGAGCUUUAUUUUGAGUCGUUCACAACUAGAUGUCACUGUAUGGAGCUCAACAUCAAUGAAUAAAGGGAGAGGGUGCCAUACUCAUACUUCAUUGUUAGGAGCUUGAUGCAGUGGAAACAGAGGCAGACUUUAAUGACUUACAAUGUUUGUUUACAAGAUGUAAUAGUAAAUUAUCUAUAGUGUGACAACUAGAUAAAUCAAAUACAAAGGAUUAAUUUUUUCUUAAAUUUAUUAUUUUUGUUUUUAUUCACCUUUUGUUAGAAUAAGAAAAACAUGGUCAUCAGGGUUUAUAUUUUCUCGUAAAAUAUUUGUAUAGUUCACGAUCACCCUUCAUGAUCCUAUUUGAGAAUAUCAGUUGGAAUUAUUCUGUCAGUAAAUAGGUAGAUUGUUGACAACACUUGCUUCCAUUUCAGGUUACAGUAAAUCCGAUUUGUCUGAGGCCAUGUUCAAUAAAUACCUACACAUGCAACCAAGAACACGAUGACCGAUUUUCCAAAUGAGUCACCCUGUACAAAGUUUUGUACCUUGCCGUGAGAUUUCAGCUUGAGACAAAUAUUCAUCAUCCUUUUCGGGAAUGUAAUUUUGAGGAAACCCCAUCAUUUAUAUAAGGAAAACUAAUGUCGGCCAAAUGAGAGGCAUGUGUGCUGUGGUCUCUGCAGCAGGACAUAUUAUAUGAUGGAUGUAAGUGUGGUGUUAUUGGAGUAAGUGUUGCAGAAGCCUUGUGGUAAUGGCUAAGAGAAUCAAUGAUAGGAUCAUUUGAUGUAAUCUGGAUUAGUGUCUUAAUGCCUGUCUGAUGUCUGUCAGUGAGAUCCUUCCUCUGGCGCUGAUGGACUGUCUGUUGUCAGUACGAGCAGGGAUUUGCUAAUAGCAUGCUCAUGAAACCUAUUUUCUGGAAAUUGAUGUGUGUUUGUGAUAUUGGCAUAUUGAAUAUUUUUUUACAUUGGUAUAUAUGUGCCUGUGUCGAUCGUCAUAUUGCCAUUGAUAUGUACAUGCCAUUAUUCAACAUUUUGGAAAGAUAAUUCAUUUGAGGAUAUAGGAUGAGUAUUUGAGGAUUUGAUGUAAAUAACGGUCAGUUUGGUAUUUUUCCCCCCAAAUAUUAUUGUUUGAUAUCCUAGAUGAUAUUGACAAAUUAUAAUUUUUUUACAAAACUGUAUAUUGUGAAGAAGUGAAUAUACUGAAUGUAACUGCAGGGAAAGUGCUAAUGUUUUUUUCAGAUGUGAUGACUCAUGCAUGCAAUGACAGUUGUAAGAAGUCCAUGUAUCUAUGAACUUUAGGGGAAUAGUCUCAAUGAGACUGCAUUUUAUUCUGUCCAUGAAACAGUGCGAUACAUGAUAUAUCCAUACUGAGUUCAUCCCCUUGUGCCUUCCUCCAAGACAUGCAAUGUGGAAUCGAUACCAGCUGUUACGCCAGGGAAACACCAACUGACGUUACAGUCGAACCAGUCAUUAAUGCAACAGCUAAAACUACUUCUCCAGAAACCCUACAAACAUCAACCUUGGCUGGAAACAGUUCCAGCUCGACACUGCUUCGCGAUCUGACCACCGUCAACUCAGCCCUAAACUCAACUCAAAAUACAACAGAACCCUUUCCCGAAAUCCCCAAUGUUGAACUGAGUUUGAUCCUGACUGCUGCCAUCCUUACAACCAUGUGUAAUCUCAUAGUUCUCAUUGCAUCCAAGUUCACAAGCGGAGGCAAAAGUCCAACCCUUGUGUUCAUCAGAAGCUUGUGUGUCAGUGAUUCUUUGAUCGGAAUUUACGGGCUCUUCAAAAUUGCGAUGUAUAUGUGCCUGGACAAGCUUCUUGUCAACUUCUUCCUGGCUGAGAGCUUGUUUUUCACAGCAUCCUUUGCUUCGGGAUUGUCUCUUCUGUCCCUCAACAUAGACAGCUGCAUGAAGCUUGCAGAACCUUUGAACCUAGGACAUCCAAUGGACAAGAAGAACGUGAUCACUGUGAUGGUGAUGCUGUGGAACUUGUCCUUCGUUGUCGGGUUUCUUCCGCAGAUGGGAUGGAGUCAGACAAACGGGAAGAUCCACGUGUUGCGAUUCUUUGUCUUCCAUCCCUGGCAUUAUCUUCUGUUCUUCUCACUCAUGUUGAUAGUUAUAUUUGUGUCGAACAUCCUCAUCACGAUGUACAUGAGGAAGAAGAUCACGCUUAUCCAGUCGCAUCGUAGCUUCCUGUCCCCAAAUAGUACCAAGUUUCAGAAAUAUCACACGUUGGUUAUAACGGCCGUUAUUGACAUGGUUCUGUGGGUACUGUGUUAUCUGCCGUUCUUCGUCUACCUGGCUGUUUACUGUGAUGUGUGUUAUUUCAGGGACAGGCUUGUUGCUGAGAGAUACAUUGUGUAUUUUAUUCCAGUAUUCCUGACAAAAUCUUUCAUCAGCGGCAUAGUCCAUGGAUACAGAACAGCUCAGAUUCAUGAAGUCAUGACUAGGUUUUCUCGCAGUUUCUCAAGGAUUGUUCAUAGUUCGCGUAAAAGGAGUCGGAAAGCUGUGAGCGUGAUUUCUAAUGGACAGAACAAUAACUGUAAUGAUGAAAGCCGGGUGCAGGAAACCCACCAGUCUAACGCAGAAUUAACGCAGUCUACAACGCGCAGCAUGGUGAGCGAUGAUAUCGAGGUCAUCUCGUCCCAGAUGACAUUGUACAGUACUGUGAAUAGCACACAAGAAGUUGAAGUCAUCACAAGUGACUUGACCAGGUUGUAGGUCAUAGUGAACCAGACGUUUGCCCUUGACCUUGUACUAACCUUUGACCUUUAACGGAUGAUAUCAGUAUUGAUUUGUGAUAGAUUGUUUUUUAUCGAGAUAAUCAUGUAAAUACAUCCGGAUUUUGAUGAUAUUUUCAUAAUGUCAAUUAUAUAGUAUGUUCAUGCGUUAAACAAUUAUGACUAAAUCAAAGCAGAUUACUCAUGUUUUUUCUAGAGAGUUUUCAUGAAAUAGGUUUGCAUAAUUUUGAUAAAAGUAUUUAUCUGUGUGUGUUUAUCAUUGUGUAUGACAUAAAGUUGCACCGAAUGAACUAAAUAAAUGAGUAAUCAAAGAAUUGAUUCUGUGAAUUUAAAGCAUGAGUUCAACGCAUAGAAUGAAAUAAAUUGUUAACAUUCAUGUUCUCAAAAAGUUGUUACCCAAUGGUAAUACCAAUCUUCCAUUGGAAAAGUUUUUAAAUGAAUAGCUGUUAUCCCUUUGGAAACGCUGUGAUAAAUGAACAGCUGUUAUCUCAUUGGAACAGAUGUAAUAAAUGAAUAGCUGUUAUCCCUUUGGAAACGCUGUGAUAAAUGAGCAGCUGUUAUCCCAUUGAAACAGAUGUAAUGAAUGAAUAGCUGUUAUCCCAUUGGAACAGAUGUAAUGAAUGAAAAGCUGUUAUCCCAUUGGAACAAAUGUAAUAAAUGAAUAGCUGUUAUCCCAUUUGAAAAGGUGUUAUUAAUGAAAAGCUGUUAUCCCAUUUGAAAAUAUGUUAUAAAUGAAUGGCUGUUAUCCCUUUGGAAAAGAUGUUAUUAAUGAAAAGCUGUAAUUCCAUUGGAAACACAUAAAAAUGAGAAGCUGUUAUCCCAUUGGAAAAAGUUGUUUUAUUGGAAAAACACAAAAAACCAUAAUCAUAAAAGUGAAUUGUAGAAUUCUGAACAUAUAUCACGAGUGUUCGUGAUUCACUAUCAAAUAGUGAUGAUAUCCGGUGUUUGCGAAAAGAUGAGCGUAUCCUGCUCCAUGGGUAGCACCCAUCACAAACACAUUCAAAGGCAUGUCAAUUGUUAGCCUGAAAAAAUCC